GUAGCUUUGCCAAGGAUUUAUCAGCUAAGCAGAAAAUGAGCUUAACAUCCUGGUUUUUGGUGAGCAGUGGAGGCACCCGCCAUAGGCUGCCACGAGAAAUGAUUUUUGUUGGAAGAGAUGACUGUGAGCUGAUGUUACAGUCACGAAGUGUGGACAAGCAACAUGCUGUGCUUAACUAUGAUGCUUCUACAGAUGAACACUUGGUGAAGGAUUUGGGCAGCUUGAAUGGGACAUUUGUGAAUGACGUGAGGAUUCCAGAACAGACAUACAUCACUCUGAAGUUAGAAGAUAAAUUGAGAUUUGGAUAUGAUACUAACCUUUUUACUGUCGUCAGGGGAGAGAUGAGAGUCCCUGAAGAAGCACUUAAGCAUGAAAAAUUCACAAGUCAGCUCCAGUUAUCCCAAAAAUCUUCAGAGGCAGAAGGGUCGAAGCAAACCAGCUCCAAAAGCUCGGAGUCCAAGGUAACAGACUCCACAGCAGAAGUGCAGCACAAAACUCCGGAAGCACUGAAAUCUGAAGAGAAAUCAAUGGAUCUUUCUGCCAUGCCUCGUGGGACACCUUUGUAUGGACAGCCAGCCUGGUGGGGUGAUGAUGAAGCCGAUGAAAAAAGUGGUUGUAAACCAGAUAGCAAGCAUGAAGAAAAAAUGCAUGAGACAGGGGCUUCAGGAUGCAGCACAGAUGCCAAGCAAGCUGAGGAGCAAUCUGCAACUGCAAGUGAAGAACUUUAUCCUUUCUGUAGGGAGCCGAGUUAUUUUGAAAUCCCUACAAAAGAAUUCCAGCAAACUUCACAGGUAGCAGAGAGCACUAUUCAUGAAAUUCCAACAAAGGACACCCAAAGCUCCCAUGCAGCAGGUGCAGGGCAUGCUUCCUUUACCAUUGAAUUUGAUGACAACACUCCAGGAAAAGUAACAAUCAAAGAUCACGUGACAAAAUUCACAUCGGAACAGCGUCACAAGUCAAAAAAACCUUCUUCCUCCAAUGGUCAGGACCUGCCUGGGCUUCAAACAGUUAUGAUGGCCGCAGAGAGCAAAGUAGCAGAUUGGCUAGCACAGAACAAUCCUCCUAGAAUGAUAUGGGAACCAACAGAGGAGGAUUCCAAAAGUAUUAAGAGCGAUGUUCCAGUGUACUUGAAGAGACUGAAAGGGAAUAAACAUGAUGAUGGUACGCAAAGUGAUUCAGAAAAUGCUGGUGCACACCGGCAUUACAGUAAGCGGGCAGCACUUGAAGAACACUUAAGGCAUCAUCAUACAGAGCUGAAAAAGUCACACCAGAAAGUCCAUUCCACAGAAAAGCAGCCAGAGCAAGCUGGUUUGAGUCAAACUGCUUUUAUGAUUGAGUUUUUUGAUGAAGACCAUCCUCGAAAGAGACGUUCUUACUCUUUUUCUCAGAAUGUUGGAGCUCUGUGCCCAGAAUCUCCAACACCUCACGCACGAACUGAAAGAGUGAAACCUACGUCAGGAGAGAAAGCAGUCCCUUCAUCUGUGCAAGCUGGCUCAUUGCAUCACAGAGCAGUACAUGGUGUUCAUGCAAAACUUCUAAAACAAAAAUCAGAAGAACCCUCUGCUGCAUUACCUGUCUUACAAGCUGCAUUGUUAAGGAGUUCAGGAAGCCUUGGCCAUAGGCCUAAUCAGAACCAGGAAAUGGACAAAAAGUUGAAAAGCCAACAUAUUUCUGCUGCUACUGAAAAGGACAAUGAGGAUGACCAGAGUGACAAAGGUACUUACACUAUUGAGUUGGAAAAUCCCAAUUCUGAAGAAAUGGAGGCCCGUAAAAUGAUUGACAAG